CUGUGUGCACCGUGGGCGGUCAGAGCCGCUGGACCUCCACCUGGGAAUGUUCCUGCCCACCCUGCUGAACCAGGCCAGUCCUGAGCAGGUGGAAACAUUCUUCAUACCCGCCUGGAACCUGGAGAUCAUCGGCACCUACGCACAGACAGAGAUGGGCCACGGCACCCACCUCAGGGGGCUUGAAACCACGGCAACGUAUGACCCGGCCACCCAGGAGUUUGUCAUGAACAGCCCGACCAUCACCUCCAUCAAGUGGUGGCCUGGUGGAUUGGGUAAGACGUCUAACCACGCCAUAGUUCUGGCCCAGCUCCACACCCAGGGGAAGUGUCAUGGCCUGCACGCGUUCAUCGUACCUCUCCGCAGUAUGAACACCCACAUACCACUGCCAGGUGUGGUGGUAGGGGACAUAGGACCCAAGUUUGGCUUUGAUGAGGUUGACAAUGGUUACCUGAAAUUGGAGAACGUACGAAUUCCUCGCGACAACAUGCUGAUGAAAUAUGCAAAGGUGGAGGCAGACGGUACAUACGUGAAGCCUCCCAGUGCCAAGCUGACCUACGGCACCAUGGUGUUCAUCAGGUCCAUGAUCGUAGGGGAAGCGGCCCAGGCCCUCGCCAAGUCCUGCACCAUUGCCAUCCGCUACAGCUCCGUACGGCACCAGUCUGAGAUACGCCCAGGAGAGCCAGAGCCCCAGAUCAUGGACUACCAGACCCAGCAGUACAAGCUGUUCCCCCUGCUGGCAACAGCCUAUGCCUACAAGUUUGUGGGUCAGUACAUGAACCAGGUCUACCACCGCAUCACUGGAGACAUCAGCCAGGGAGACUUCAGUGAACUACCAGAGCUCCAUGCCCUGUCCGCGGGCCUGAAGGCCUUCACCACAUGGACGGCCAGCGCGGGCAUCGAGGUGUGUCGCAUGGCGUGUGGCGGGCACGGCUACUCCCGCUGCAGCGCCCUCCCAGAUAUCUAUGUUAACUUUGUGGCCACGUGCACCUACGAGGGAGAGAACACCGUCAUGAUGCUGCAGACCGCCAGGUUCUUGAUAAAGAGCUACCGGCAGGCGUCGGCAGGCCACCAGCUGAGUGGCAUCGUGUCCUACCUGAACGAGUCAGAGCGUAGGCUGCAGCCCCAGACUGUGUCCUCCCGACCCACUGUAGUCAACAUCAAUGACCUGGCCAGCCUUGUGGAGGCUUACAAACUACGAGCUGCCAAGCUGGUUGAGUUGGCAGCUAAGAGUAUUCAGCAGGAGCUACAGAAGAGGGUCAGUCAGGAGGAUGCCUGGAACAACAGCGCUAUAGACCUGGUCAGAGCCUCUGAUGCCCACUGUCACUAUGUGGUGGUGAAGCUGUUUGCAGCUAAGCUGGGGGAGAUAGGAGACACGGGGGUGCACUCUGUCCUCAGCACCCUGGCCCUGCUCUACGCCCUCCAGGGCAUCCAACAGCACAGCGGAGACUUCCUCCAGACUGGUCUCCUGAGUGGGCCCCAGCUCUCCCAGGUGUCCCAGCGUCUGAAGGAGCUUCUGGCCCAGCUGAGGCCCAAUGCAGUGGCCCUGGUGGACGCCUUCGACUACCGCGACGAAAUGCUCAACUCCGUCCUGGGACGCUACGAUGGCAACGUCUAUGAGCACAUGUUCGAGUGGGCCCGCCGCUCGCCUCUCAACAAGACAGAGGUCCACGAAUCCUACCACAAGUACCUGAAACCCCUGCAGGCCAAGCUGUGAGAUGACCCCUGAGACUUCACCUUUGACCCCUGACUCUCACCUGACCCCUCCACUACAGGGGACAGGAAGCACACUAACAACACUAAUCCAGCUGUGGGACCCCAUCAAGGCCGCCCAUCCACCAAUCGGAAGGGCUCAUUCCACCCGCCCCUUCUUUGUUUAAUCAACCACAGGUGGUGAACAUUUUUAAAGAGGAACCCAUUGGAGAGCAGCCUCCUUACCCCACCUCUACUGAUGUGCUGCUAAUGAAUCAAUCAUUCUACUGGACUUAUUCAACUAGCUAACUAGACUCAUAGGUAUUUAAUUUGAGUUUUAUAUACCCCAUGCCAAGUUAAUGGAUUGAAUCCAAGAAUCGAAGGUCUGAGAGAACAUAAGAAAGAGAGGUAAGAAGGAGAGGAAGCAAAACUGUAGUUAGCAUGCGAGGUGGCCUAAAGAUGAAGGGGUUUUGAUGACUGAUCCUUGUGAUCUAAUCAAGCUCUUUGGAUCAUGUACAUUGCAAAUCUCUCGAUUUGUUGAGAUAUGUUAAAUCCCAUUUUAAUCUGGAUGAUUUCUGAUCAUGCAUGUCACAGUAUUUGAUGCUAAUGUACUGUGGAUGGGUGUCUGUAGUAGUGGGUGACGGGUCAGUUGUGGUUUGCAAUGAACCAAGGUGUGCAUGUCUGUCUGUCUAGGUGUGAGAGAGUUUGUGGUUGUGGGGUAGUGACUGUGAUUAGUGAAUAAUGAGUUGAUGAGUAAGCUAUACCAGAGUGUGAUUCUGAUACUAGUGAUUUGAGGAAAGGGGCCUUUCAAUUCUUGCACUUAAUACAAACCACUAGUAUAAAUGCAUGAGGAUCUUUUCUACCCAUGUGGGGCUUAAUUACCAAGAAAUUACAUGAAAAUCAAACUAGCUUGAUGAACAAGGUCAUAUUCAUUAGGGCACACCGUGGUAAAACGUCUUGCAAAGGAAAGAAAACAAGCGGUUCUUAUUGGACAAGUCCGGGUAGGUCCCCCUCUGUUUCAGACAGUUUUCUUCCGUUUGGUGCCUAUUGACUAUAACCCUGAUGUGGCAUUCGGAACAAGUACAUUCUUCAACACAAUGAAAUAAGUAUUUUUAUACUCGAUUACUAACUGUUGAUUGUACUGCUGUUGGCUUUUACAGUAUGUUGCAGAUUGAUACAUGAUUGAUAGUUUCAAAUGGAAUGAAACAGUAAUUACUCUUUGUGGGAGAAUUAUGUGCCUGCGGAAUUUGUUUUACUUUAAUGGAGCUAACAUGUUAGUAUUAUCACACUUGGUUGAUGUGUAUAUUUUUGAUUGAAGAAUAUGCUUUAUCAAUUUGUUUUGUGGAUUUUCGUAGCAAUUUAAGGAUGUAUGAUUAUUAUUUCAAUGUACUUACCGAAUUGUUGUUUAACUAAUUUUUGUGAUAGUAUUAAAAAUCCAUUCAGACUGAAUAUGUUGUUUUUAAACAUUUUGUUAAUUGAAUUUUAACUGAAAGUGAAUCAUUUGUCAUGCUUAAUGAUUUUAGUAAAAAACUGGAAAUAUUAAAAACUAUCAAGAUGUUAAUGGUUUCCUUCAACUAUUCCAUAGACUGCCAGAAGUAACCACUAGAUGGUGUUAUGAAAUCAGAUAUACUUUUUUCAUAAAUCAGAGCCAUGUUUUUUUCAUAACAUUUUUACAUUUUAUUUCAGUGGCAUAUAGAUUUAGGAGAACCAAUUCUACAAAUGGAUGGAGGAUAAAUGAUUGAGUGUAAUCAUUCAUAAGAUUAUGAAGGGACGGAUUAUAUUAGCACAUUAGUUUAUAACACUGCAAUGAAUCUGAUUCAGAAAAUAUUACCUUUUAGAAAAAUUUAUCUGUACUUUUACAAUAAAUCAAUGCAUUCUAUUUAAAA